GAGCCCGGUCUCCGCAGGCAGGUCCGCCCGCAGCCAUGGGUGCCGAGCGGCUGUGCCGGUGGGCGACCCUGGCGCUGGUGCUGGCCGCCCUGGACUCGGCGCGGGGCACCGACGCCACCGGCCCGCCCGAGGGCCCCCAGGACCGGGGGGGCCCGCAGAAAGGCCGCCUGUCCCUGCAGAACGCAGCGGAAAUCCAGCACUGUCUGGUCAAUGCCGGCGAUGUGGGUUGUGGUGUGUUUGAAUGUUUCGAGAACAACUCCUGUGAGAUCCGGGGCUUACAUGGAAUCUGCAUGACUUUUCUGCACAAUGCAGGGAAGUUUGAUGCCCAGGGCAAGUCCUUUAUCAAAGAAGCCCUGAAGUGCAAGGCCCAUGCACUGCGGCACCGCUUCGGCUGCAUCAGCCGUAAGUGCCCUGCCAUCCGGGAGCUGGUGCUUCAGCUGCAGCGGGAAUGUUAUCUCAAGCACGACCUGUGCUCAGCUGCACGGGCUAACACAGAUGUCCUCGCCGACAUGAUCCAUUUCAAGGACCUACUGCAGCAGGAACCCUUUGUGGACCUCGUGAACCUGCUCCUGACGUGCGGGGAGGAGGUGAAGGUGGCCAUCACCCACAGCGUCCGCACACAGUGUGAGCAGAGCUGGGGCAGCCUCUGCUCUGUCCUCAGCUUCUGUACCUCCGCCCUGCACAGACCUCCCACAGCCACUCCUGAGCACCAAUCCCAGGGGGACAGAGCCAGGCCUGCCAGGGCCCACCCCGGGGAAGUGGGAUACCAACUCCUGGAGCCUAGCACCAGGGAGACUGGCCGAGGCGCCAGGGGUGAGCGGAACAGCCGGAACCACGUCCAUGCCCUCCCCCGGGGCCAAACCAUGUCUGGCCCCAGUGCCCAAGGAGCUUCUAGAAGCAGCAUCGAGGGAGACAGUGGACAGUCGGAGGAGUCAGACAUACGGAGGUGAGACUCCGUGAGCCUAACCAGGAAACCUGUUCUCCACUCCGUCCCUUUUCUUCUCUGUGGCCAUUCCAAAGACAUUUGCCAUCGCAGAGGGGGGCUGUCAAGCCCAGGAGCGGGUGGGGACUGAAGACUGGAUGAAGGUGGAUGUGAGCAGAAGGGCUAAGGAUGCCCAGGGGCACGGCUCUCCCCCGGGCUGUGGGGAGUGACACAAGGUCCCAUAUUUGUAAGAGGAGGCCAUCACACCUCAUGUCCUCUUUUGCAACUUUGCUUUCUGUCCGCAGAGAUAGGUCUGCGUGGAGAAGGGCAGGAGAGGAGGGUGCCCAGGAAGUACCAUGUGCUUGCGCAGCUGGACACCUCCACAGCCCUUGUAGCUUCAAGAGCUGCAGCUGCCAACGGACAGGGCCUGCCAGGAAUGCAUGGGGGAGGGGUAGUCCUUGGGGUUUAGGGGGGUACUUAGGUGCCAGGGGGAAAUUCAGCUUCACCAGGGAGUCCCUGGAGGUCCAGCACUGCAGGGCAG